AUGCCAAGCUGGAAGAAAGUGCGUCUGGCGCUAAUAAUUAUCAUGGAUAUGGUUCUUAUAGCCCACGAACAGAAGCCACGACAAACUCUCAGGUUUGUUAAGCUAGUGGAACAUCUUGAUGUCUUCUUUUGGCAUCCGUGGGGAAUAGAAUCCUUCUUCAAGACUAUUACCUGCAUGAAACCUCCCAAGGCUGUCGAAGGGCAAGUUCAGGAGCCCACUGAGAAACUUGUUAAUCUGCUGAAGCAGGAAUCUUACAGACUCCAGGGUUUUCCUCUGGCGCUACAAUUUCUCGCCUUUGCUGCUGUACCAAGUUGCUCUCCACCAUCCAAGCUCCCAACGACUCGCUGA